GACGGUUCUCGGGGUCCCUUUCGGUUCAGGCGGUUUCUCACGAUCGCUCUUCUACUAAGCGUCGUUGACUCGGCAUAUUUAUCGGGUCGCGACAAUUGAUCGCGUCAGGCGAAUAAAGAACGCGUGCGAGUCCCGAAUGCUGGUUCGCGAACGCGAGUGUCGUCGCGUCCGUUCUGUCGCCGGCAGCGAAAGUUCCUCGUGAAUAUAGUAUUCGAGAGAGUACACCGUCCGGGAGUGUGUUGUCCCCGACACGGAUUUCUUUUCGCCCUUUUUCGCUUAUUUCCACCUUGCGACGAAAAUGACGAGUGCCAUGACGAUGAUACUGUGGCUUGUUACCGUGACGAUUGUCUCGACGACGACAACAAACGCGACCGGCCUCAAGUGCGACAGUGUCAGAUCCUACUUCGAGAAUGAGGGAUUCCCGCUCAGCGAUAUCCCGAAGGAAGCGAUUUCAUCGAAGGAACUGAAGGUAUGCGGCAGCGCGAGCAGCGGCGGCGAGGUGUGCUGCUCGGCCGACAUGGAAUUGAGACUGCAGGCGCGAGCACGCGACAGUCACGAGAAGACCGCCAGAGAAACUCUCCACAAAUUGCACCAGAUCCUGACUGCGCGGGGAAACAAGUUCCACGUGCUUUUUAAGGAUCUGCUGGCGGGCAGCAAGCGAGGUUUUCACGACAUGUUCAAGAAGACCUACGGUAUCCUCUACGAGCAGAACGCCUAUGUCUUCACGGACUUCUUCCAGGAGUUGGAGAGUUAUUACGCGAAAGGGACGGUGGACCUUGACGAUUGCUUGGACAAUUUCUUCAACAUCCUCUAUCAGAAGAUGUUCAUCGUGCUCAACAGCCAAUACACGUUCGACAAUAAGUAUCUGGAAUGUGUGAGCGAUCAUAUGAAGGAGAUGAAACCGUUCGGCGACGUGCCGCCGAAAUUAAGCGUGCAGAUCAAACGAUCCUUCGUGGCCACGAGGGCUUUCAGUCAGGCUCUGACCGUCGCCGCGAACGUGUUGAAAAAUAUGCAAACGCUGAAACCGUCCGCGGAUUGUGCAGCUGCCCUGACCAAGAUGACAGCCUGUCCAUAUUGCAUCGGCAUACCGAACAACGUGCUGGCGUGCAGCGACAUGUGCACCAAUGUAAUGAAGGGUUGCUUGGCGCAGCACGCGGCACUCGACGCUGAAUGGAAUCACUUCGUCGACGCUGUGGACAAGAUCGCGGACCGACUGAUCGGGCCUUUCAACGUCGAGGUGCUGGUGCGGCCCAUCAACCUGAAGAUCUCCGAGGCGAUCAUGAACUUCCAGGAGAACAGCCAGGACGUGUCGCAGCGGGUGUUCACCGGCUGCGGCCGGCCGAUAUUGGGCAAACGCAGGCGCAGGGAUGACCACGAGUUGCAGCUGGAGACGUUGAACUUCGACCAGGACCCGGUGGUGACGGACGACCGCGCCCAGGACAAUGCCGUGCACAUGGACAAGGUGGUGAAAGAAAUACGUCAACGAGUGCGCGACUCCAAGCAGUUCUGGGUCUACCUGCCGUACCGAUUGUGCAACGACGGUGGCCUGGUGGUCCAGCCCACCAACACGAAGGAGUGCUGGAACGGCACGCACGUGGACAAGUACAGAUACCCGGUGGCUUCGGACGGCGAGUCUCAGAAGAACAACGCGGAGGUGCGCAGCGUGGGACCACGCUCGACGAUCGUCAGGGAUCAGCUCUACGCGCUCACCACCAUCACGAACAGGUUGAAGCUGGCGUUCAACGGCCAAGACGUCGAAUGGAUGGAUUCCGAGGAAACGUACUUCGGUUCGGGCAGCGGGUCAGGCGACGGUUCCUUCACGGACGACGAGGACGGCUUCAAGGAGAGUUCGGGGUACGGGCCGCCGGAGCCGGAGCCGCCGAAGCAGCAGCCGCCGCCGGUGGUGCACGAGGUCGAGACGCCGCCGCGGAUGAAGAUCGAGCCGAAGAACGUCGGCGCGAACAACGUGAACAACCAGACGAACGCGGAGAACGGCGCCAGCAGGCAGAAGAUGUCCCUGUCCAGGGCGCUGACGACGUACCUGCUGCCGAUAGUGAUGAUGUGGUUCGGCGGUUGCCUCACCGAAUGGCUGUGAUCGGGUGGAUCUCGGGACGAGCGUAGCACAGUGUAAAUAUUAGCCGGUUCGCGGAGACGCCGACCGACGGAGAAGGGGACUUUCGCUCGGGAAAGUCGCUACCGGCACGUGGGGAUCAGCCCGCGCGCCCGUGUGUUCGCUCAUCGUCGCGGGUCCGUCGCGGACGCGCGACGAGGACGCACAUAAGGACGCAGGUCGGAAGGAACGCUUGGCGAAGAUGAUGGACGCUUCCGCGUCCCCCUGAUCUUACGGACUUAUCGAAGCGCGGGUAUCCGAGCCGCCAGCGCCGUCGAAGACGAGGUCGAAGGCGAGCGCGAUUAACGGGAUCGUUGGCGGGACAAGGGAGACGGCACCGUCUCCCUCCUCCUCUCUCGGGCGAGGGGAACAAUGCGAGCGCGAGUGACCCGGUGGAGUAGCCUUUUGUCUCUCGGCAGGUAGGGGAGAGAGGAGCGCCUUUGAAGGUGGCCGGCUGUUGUCCGCUAUUCGGUUUUAUUAUCGUCGCCGAGCAGGCUGGGAUUAACAGGAUCUCCGAUGUCUCCCUCUCUCCUCCUUCUCUUGGCUCGUCGGCGGGCACGCCUCCGACUCCCCGGUCACUCGAGAUCGCUCUCUUUCUCUUGCCCUCGCCACCGUGAUGCCGCGAAAAUGCCUCUCGUCCAGCGUAAGACGCGUGCACUGUUUCGAACCCGCGGAGAAUUUCGAUCGCGACGGGGACGGACGAACGAGAUCGUCGUCCCGCCUUUUCCCCCGAGGAGGCUCUCCGGGUUCAACUUGUUGCGCCGUUUAACGACGUCUCCGAAUUUUAGAGGGCCACAUCGCGCGACGUUUAUCAGACUCUUACUGCCAACUGUGGGAAAAAAUGGAAGAAAAGGCGAAAAAAAAAAAGAAAGGAAGAGUAGACUUGUAAAUUAUAUCACGGCGAUGGGGUAACCACAUUCCAGUUGGAUCGUGUCUUUCCUCCUAAUCUUAGAUUAACUCAAUGAACUACUCUUUAACAGGCAAGAAAAGAUAAAGCUAGAUAUCUAUUCCCAGUUGAAAAUUCCGACUUUCACGCGAGCUGUCGCGAGGGAGAGAUGCCGCGUUCCGAUUGGAGCAGCGAGUCGUCUUUCCGGGUUUUCGACGUGCGCCUUCAUAUCGUUCUUAUCUCUACUGCCACAAAUUCAGACUUCCUCUUUAUCCAAGUAGCUCCGUACCGUGAAGUUCUCCUCGUUCGUCUCUCUCAGUUACGAGAGAAAGAGAGAGAGAGAGAGAGAGAGACGCACGAUAAAGGGCCGAGCCGUGCGGCCCUGAAGAGGACGAUCGUCGAUCGAACGACGCGACUGCAUAUCUCCAUGUCGCGAGCGUAAUCCGCGCGCCAACAGUCGCGACGAGAAAGAGGUUUCUGUAGUUUCAACACACCCGAUAUACGUAAAACGAGCCGAACGAAGUAUACGGACAAGCGGAGAGGCGGGACUGAGUAUUUAUUAAGUGUUCGUCGUGUGAUCGAGCGGAAGCUCGAGUCCUGGGAAGCGGUGGGAGGCACGAACAAUCAGAAUCCUCGUUCCGCGGAUGAAUUCCCGGAGAAGCCGCCGUUCCCCCGUUUCGUGCUAAUUGUUAAAUCGCUACGAGAAGGGUUUAUCGUUUUUCCGUUCAAUUCUCGUAGGAGGCACCGAUCGUUACUGAGCUACGAAAUCGAUUAUUUAUUUCUUUCUUUUUGUUAAUUAUUUAUUAUUGCGUAAGGUGUCGAUAUCAAAAGGUUGUCAGGAAGUCCUCGUUGGGGUGUGUUCGGAAAUUUUACUCAACGGGUGGGAGUAGCGUUCGUUAAUCCGAAUUAUGAUGAAGAAACCUUUGCUCUUUCUAUCUUGAGUGAUCGAUUAAAUGCCUACUCUGCCGUCGAAUAGGAUUUCUAAAUUCACCCCUUGGAUAUCCGAAAGAAUACCGAAUCGAUGUUGCUCGUCUGAUUCGCAAAAGUUUUAUCGGUCCUUCGAAAUUACUUAAUAAUUAAUCAUAAUUUUUAUUUUACUCGGCGAACACGACGAACCUUUUGCACCAACCUAAGAAUAAUCUUGGCCUCAAUUAAUCAAUUAAUCAAAAGAUCGGUAUAUUCUCGUCGUGUUACGGGACAAAUAUUUUAACGGCUUAACCGCGUGUAUUGAUAAAACGCUAAAUACCCGACUAUCUUCCGUUUGUAUUUUGGUAUCAGCGUUGACUGUCUGGAUUUUAAAUGGAUAGAUGCUUGGAUCUUCGCUCCAUCAAUUCGAUUAAUUAGCGUAUCUCAGUGUUUGAUUGCGCGAUUUAAAUUUUGCGAUGAGCUCAAUCGAGCCGUAAUAACAGGGUUCUCUCAAUGUGAGAGUAAGAGAGCCGAUGAUUAUUAUCAAGCACCCGCGAGUCACGGGACACGGGAUUACGGCGGUUCCGCGGAUCCACGAACGAGGAUUCAACUUGGCUCACGUUUUACGCGAGAUUAUUAAUGGAAGAAAAGGAAGGAGAAAAAAAUGUGGCGACACUCGGUCUCGUUCGACGACGAGUGCGCGGUUCCUCCGCCGCGGGGGGACAACGCGAAUUAAACGGAAGUAACGAUCACAACGGACAACGAGGGCUCGAGAGAGAGAAAGAGAGAGAGAGAGAGAGAGAGAGAGAGAGAGAGAGAAAGAAAGAGAGAGAGGGGGGAAGAGAGAGAGAGAGAGAGAGACUUUUCAAGGGAGGCGCACUCGAAGUCAUCGCGAGACCGAGUCGUGAUGCACCGUAAUGUUAAUUUGCGUUAUAAUUAAUAGCGAGACGAGUGGGGAAGAGACGCGCGCGCAAAGGGAUAUUCGUUACGAUUUAAGAUGUACAUAAGGAGAGUGGCGUGCGAUAUGAGGACGCGCGGGUGGCGCUUCGGCGUGCGAGAUUACGUUCGGCUUCCGAAGGGGGCGCGAAGACGAGCGAGAAACUCGUGGAACGGUUCGCAGAAAGAGAGAGAGAGAGAGAGAGAGAGAGAGCAUAUACUCCCGGUAAAAGGGACUGAGCUUGCUUUCUCCUCGACGCCACAUUGUGCUGGACAAUCGAUUCCGCUUGUGUUGAGCAUCGUGUACGAGCCGUCGAACGAGAUAAUCGGUGCGAGUCAAGCUAAUGAGAGACAGAGACAGAGAUACAGCGAUGGUUCCUUGCGAUUGGUGUAGCCCGCAAAACUCCAGAUUCGUCUGGCGGAUGACUGUAGUUAUGCAAAGAGGAUCCAACACAGAAAAUUGUGUCACCAUAUGGGCGCCUAAAAUUAAUGAAAAAAAUCGUUUUUAUCCUCUACUAGUGCCAUUGUUUACUAGUUACGUCUGAUUUACUGAUUUUUAAAGAUUAAGCUUAUCGAUGAACGUCCCAGAGCCCUUAAAGAGGAGAUAGGCCAUAUUUGACUUCUCGGAGAACUUCAGCGUUGUUCGUACGUGUUAGAUCGUGUAUUAAAUUUUCACCUAUAUUUUUCUCGAAACGUACUCCAUGUUAAUUGAAAUCCUUCUUUCGUAACUAUGGCUAGUUAUCCCUUUUAAUUCAACGAAUAAUCCUGACCGAAUCGGGCUCGACUACUUUAUCAUAUUGUUUUUCUUUUUUUAAUUUGCUGAGAACAAGCGUGCGGGAUGAAUCUUCUGAUUGUUAUAGAACAAUAUUACGGUGUCGUGAUAAGGUUUCUUUUUUACGUCGGCUCUUUGUUUCGCGCGAAUGCGAUUUGCAUCAUUGUGCCGUCCGACGGCUCGCGUUAUCCCGCCACUCUGCCGUAUUGUUCGCGUAGCAUUUAUUAACUCGGAGGGAACAGUGUCAAAGUGAUGUGAGGGAACGGCGGUCGGAGGUGGGCUCCUGUGAUAAAAUCAAAUAAAUCGAGCAUUAUAUGACCGCGCUCUCCACGCACCCGUGCUUUCCUUCGACUCACCGUGGAAGGGCGAAAGGCGCGCGCAGGCGCAGACGGACAUUAAAAAAAAGAUCUAGUGAAAUAUUAAAAUAUAUUGUAAUAUUAUAUAUAUAAUUAUUAUAAUAUUAUAU